CCUUCCCAUGUGCUCUGACUGGCGCUAAAAGUUUUAAGCUCAAAAGUCCAGAGCCACCAUCCUGGGUGCAGGUAGCCGGUGGGCCCCGGGGGUUCACCUGGAUUCCGGCCUCGGAGCGUGCUUCCCAGAACGGUAAUACGCUCCCCUGAGGUUCGGCAGCCACACUUCCAGGGAGCUGCAAUGGAGGUACCACAGUCAGAACUCAGCGUGGACCCCCCUCUGAGUCAGGAGACAUUUUCAGACUUGUGGAAACUACUUCCUGAAAACAAUGUUCUGACCCCUGACGUAUCCCUGGCAGACCUUGUGAAUUGGCUGGAUGGAGGUCCAAAUGAAGACCCCAAUGUGCCAGCAACUCCAGGACCAGCAGCUGCCACCCCUGCACCAGCCACCUCCCCGGCACCAGCCAACUCCUGGCCUUUGUCAUCCUUUGUCCCUUCCCAGAAGACCUACCCUGGCAACUAUGGUUUCCAGUUAGGGUUCCUGAAUUCUGGGACAGCCAAGUCUGUCACCUGCACGUACUCCCCUACCCUCAAUAAGCUGUUUUGCCAGCUGGCAAAGACUUGCCCCGUGCAGCUGUGGGUUAGCUCCCCACCCCCGGUUGGCACCCGUGUCCGAGCCAUGGCCAUCUACAAAAAGUCUGAAUACAUGACGGAGGUUGUGAGGCGCUGCCCCCACCAUGAGCGCUGCUCUGACUAUAGCGAUGGUCUGGCCCCUCCUCAGCAUCUUAUCCGGGUGGAAGGAAAUUUGCAUGCCGAGUAUUUGGACGACAAACACACUUUCCGACAUAGUGUGGUAGUGCCCUACGAGCCACCCGAGGUGGGCUCCGACUGUACCACCAUCCACUACAACUUCAUGUGUAACAGCUCCUGUAUGGGGGGUAUGAACCGGCGGCCUAUCCUCACCAUCAUCACACUAGAAGACUCCAGUGGUAAUCUGCUGGGACGAAACAGCUUCGAGGUGCGUGUUUGCGCCUGUCCGGGGAGAGACCGGCGUACAGAGGAAGAAAAUUUCCGCAAGAAGGGGGAGCCUUGUCCCAAGCAGCCCCCUGGGAGCUCUAAGCGAGCACUGCCCACCAACACCAGCUCCUCUACCCCGCCAAAGAAACCACUGGAUGGAGAAUAUUUCACCCUUCAGAUCCGUGGGCGUGAACGCUUCGAGAUGUUUCGAGAACUGAAUGAGGCCUUGGAGCUAAAGGAUGCCCAGGCUGGAAAGGAGUCAGAGGGAAGCAGGGCUCACUCCAGCCACCUGAAGUCUAAGAAGGGGCAAUCUACCUCCCGUCAUAAAAAACUCCUGUUCAAGAGAGAGGGACCUGACUCAGACUGACAUCCCCUGCUUCCUGUCCCCCACUGAUACCCCCAUCCUCAUCUACCCUUGGGGGGCUCAGGAGCUUAAAUUUCUGCUUGGUACAGGUGUGCCUCAGAAUUCCGUUUGCCUUGGCCUGGGGCUCUGCUAAAGAAGUUGGUCUGCAAUGGUGGUUUUUGGGGCAGGUGAGGGGAGCUGGAAUGUUUCAGCUUAGCUUUUAAGGUUUUUAUUUUGAAGACCAUUUGGGAAAGGUAGGCAAAUAUUCCUGCAUGUAAGGAUUAGGUUUUAAAUCAGCCAUACCCUGGGUUGGAAGCUAUCUCAAGUUGUUAAAUUUCUUCUAACUACAUAGUCCACGGUGAUAAAAUGCCAACAAUCAUACCUACCUCACAAGGUUUUUUGUGAGAGUUAAUGAACUAAUGUAUACAAGGCCUGACAAUUAAGUUCACAAACUCGUUGAAACAAUGUUGCUAGCCUUUUUUGAUUGAUAUCAGAGGGAUUAUUCAUUAUGAAUUUGUACCAACUGGACAAAUAGUUAACCAA